AUGAUUGAUAUAAUUUCUUAUGAUAACCUCAUUUCCAUUUCUCAAUUAAGACUCAAUAAAUCAUUGGUAGACAGUGAUCUUGAAACAUUUAAAGAAAAACAACCUGGAGUCGUUAAUUUCAAAGAAAAGUUAAGUUUAAAAAAAUGGGUUGAAGACGCUGUGAAUGAUAAUUUAAUUAUUUGGACCAAGAAUUUCGGCCUUUUUCAAGGAUUAAUAAUAAAUAACAAUGACGAAAUAGAAAUUAGUAAGAAAAUUCCCGUUAACAUUAUUAAAAUUCCUGAAGCCAAUUCUAUUAAUAAAUCUUAUUUGAAAUUGAUCAAGCCGUCAACAAAAUUAGAAUUUACUUUAUUUUCCAACCAUAUUUUUUCAGAAAAUUUAAGCACUUUUCCAUUUAUUAAGAAUAACGAUAAAACUUAUAAGGGUUAUAACCAUGUAUUAGUAAAAUGUGAGAAGCGUGAAAUUCUUUUAAAUACAGAUAGUAUAAAGCCUACAAAAAAAUUUGAAGGGAUCCGUACAAAAUCCCGAAUACCCGAAUUUGAACAAUCUAUGGAAAAAGCACUUAAUGGUAUGAAGCCAUUGAAAGUUUUGCAAGACAUAUUUGAUGAAUAUGGUCAUUUAUUUCCAAAAAGAAUUGUAUUAGGAAGGUACUUUAAAAAUAUUUUACAGGAUCUCUCUUCACCUAAUACAUUUAACGAUGUUAAUGAUUAUAAUAAAAUACUUGAGACGUUAGAUGAUUUAAAUAUUUCAUAUCUAUUAACUCAGAAUGGAAGGAUUAUUGAAAAAAAUGACUUACAUGAUUGGAUUCAAAACAAUGAAAAUCUGGAAAUUGUUGAAUUUGAUAAUAUUAUCCCCCUUUAUGAGAUUCUUGGAAUCGAGCAACAAAGAAGAAUUGAUGAUAUAUUAAAAGAUAAUUACAGAAUUAUAAUGACAGGAGUUACCGAUUUAAAAGACUUAAAUAAUGAUGAUGAUGAUCACUACAAACGUAUUGAUUUUGAAUUAUCAUUUGAAAGUGAAAAUUAUCAAGUAUUUGGGUCGAUAUUUUCAAAAAAUAAAUCAAUAUUGAAAAGAUCGGAAGAAAUUUAUGUUAAUUUUGGACUGUAUGAUUUUAAUGGAUUUUAUGCGAUAAUGAAAAAAAUAAAAGAAACAAGCAUCGAUAUAACAGAAUGUUAUGUUUCAUGGGUUGUUAUUGGAAAACCUUCUCAAUUAUCUGUUUUUAGUCCAAGUAAUCGAGAAUUACAAGUUGAUUAUAUUAAAAAAACUAUUAAAUUGCAACCUGAUAACGAUAAGUUAAAUUAUACUUUCGAUAGUUCCUUUACUUUACAUGAGGAAUACACUAUUUUCGUGCAUGCAAAUGAUUUGUCAAUAAGCUAUGAGCCUAAUAAUAUUAUUAAGAUAGUUGAGUGGAAUGAAAGAUUUAUUAACGUUCAAAUUGAAUCAGCUUAUGAAACUGCAAACUCUGAUCAUGAAGAUAAUGAUUGUUUAGAAAAUGAAAUAGAUUUGCACAUAUGUAUUCUGUCUACAAAUUGCAGAUAUUUGAAAAUUGAUAACGCCAAAGAGGAAUGUCCUUUAAAUAUAGUAGGAUAUAUUUUAGACAAAGAAAAUUUUAAUAGAAGUUUAUCGCAAGAAUUCGAAAGUAGCAAUGUUAUUGAUCCACUUUUCACCAAAGAACUUCCAAAUUCUUUAUAA